AUGUAUGUACGCAUGAACUGUUUUCAUCAUUGUAGCCGCUUGCUUUCCUUUUCGUUACUUCUCUCUCUGUCUCGCUGCCUCUCUGCCUCUCUUAUUCAUCUGUAUUUAGUUAUACAAUGCAACAGCCCACUUUUGUCUUUGCGCGUGUGUGGGGCUUCUCCGAUGGUUUCUCCUCUUCUUUUAUUUAAUUAUUAUCCUGCAGCCGUAGAAAUAUAUAUAUAUAUAGGAAAGAAAGAAGAACUUGCUUUAACUUGUCUGGGUGCGCAUCGAUGCGUGUCUCACCGCCACUUCUUUCUCUUCUCGUAA